AUGGGUCCCAAAACGGGCCCUGGCGGCUCGUCUGGCGUUUCUUUAGGCAAACGUAGUGCCGGACCGCGAAGUGCGAACAUUGCCAACGGACGAAGUGACGCGUUCCGUCAAAAGAAGGCCAAGCUAUUCGCGGCUCGAAAUAUCCCAGCCCAGCCUGCCGAUGCAGCGCUGAAAGAUGGCCAACUUGAUCUUCAGGCUUUUGUUGCUGCCCACGAGUUCGAAAUCCGCUCUCUGGAGCAGAGCAUGGCCACCUCCAGAGCUGUAGGCACCAGUCGAGCUUUUCAGCAGGUUCCACGAGGCCUCCGCCGCCGAGCAGCCAGUCAUAACCCAAAACGAGUACCAAAAAGACUACGAUCGAGAGCGAGAAAAGAGAUGGAAGAAGAUAAUACGCCCAUUGUUGAAUCCAGAAGACGGAAACCGAGAUCCACCAGAGCCAGGAUACGGGCGGAAACUGCCAAGCGACUCGGCAUCUUGGCUGCUCGAAAGCGAAGAAAAUCGCUGAAGAAAGCAGAGGCGGCUCGGAAGGCAGGCAAGCAUGUUGCGCCGGCAACCCCUGCGCCAGCAAAGUUUCGGAAGAGACAAAUCAACAAAACUUGGCUGCCAACACACAAGUGGCACGCCAAACGUGCACGAAUGACGGAUCCGAAGAACCCGUUGUGGCGUUUUGCGAUACCAUUGACCCCGACGGAGAAGAUUUACCGGGCUACCCAUCGUGCUCAGGGAGAACGAGGUGCCAUGGCUUGGGAUACGAGUUACAUGAGCACCAUCGGCUUGUAUGGAAGCAUCUGUGGCAUCACGAAAAUUCUCAAAGCCAUCGGUGUCACAGAGGAAUACUCCAUGAUUGUGUGGAAUCCUGAGCCAAGCUCCUCCAACAAAACAGCAGACGUGGGCGGCACCGGCGGCAGCAACGUCAGAAACGGCCAGCGACAGCUCUUCAUCAGACUAAGUCCUGCGGCGUUCCUAGAGACUUUCACAGAAAUGGUUCGUCUAUGCAAGAUGAAAGGAUCUGGUGUAUAUGUCGAAGAUCUGAGGUUUGAGAUUGGAAGUAUUGAGUUGACUGGUCCAGCAUCCACCGAAACCCUGCUCGGCAUCAUAACGCCAUAUCAUAGCAAGGAAAUGCCAUCAAACAAGCAUGCGAACCUCUUCGACUCGCUCAAAUCUGUCACAAACUCGGCCUGCCUGCCAGAAAAUUCAGUCCUAGGUUUUUCAACCCAGGACCCUCGUUUACAUUAUCCGCCGCGCAAAGUUGAAUACCCCAGCGACUCUGAUACAGCGACGGAGACACUGGAACUACUGGCAAACUGGCCUGCAGAAGAGGAGCUAGAGCCUUACGGUUUAUUCGACCGCGGCUCUCGUUUUCGAUCAUCUUGUCUACCAUCUUCAAAGGCCAUCAACAAGCGAAGAAGCAUGGCCAUGCCGGGGUCAUUCUUGAAUCCUGGACAAUUGGAUCCUCCGAUUCCUGUUUUGCUGAUUUCCACUCGCUCACCAGGUAGCAUGCAGGCUCAAGGGACGUGGGUUCUGCUCGUGCCGUGGAAAUGCAUUCUUCCUCUGUGGUACAGCCUAGUUCACUACCCUUUGGUGUCUGGUAUGAACCCUCGCUUCGGCGGCUUGAGUGAGGCCAUGCAAGUCGCUUUUGAACGAGGCAUGCCUUGGUUUCCCACGGAUUUCCUAGCCACCAAUGCCGGCGCUGAGUGGGAAUUGGAGCAGAGACAGAAGAGACAGCUUGCCUACAACAAGCGGCCCAAGAGCAAGAGAAUCGCGUUCAACACUGUAGACUUGGGAGCUGGCAGGAAAGGCGAGAUUGGCGACGGACUGGCCUGCGACUUUGAGUAUCUCUUUGAGCUGCCACGACCCCCCAUGCUGGCAGCUGCGGAGCCAGAGCUCGUCCAAGCCGACAAGUCUGCUGACCCAGAUGCCAUGGAUGUUGAUAGCGCAGGCUCGCUUGCCGUCAAAGGCGCUGACGAAAAGCCCUUGCAUGUCCCAUCUCUGAGGCUACUCAAUAACGUUUCAAGGAUCGAUUUCAAUAAAUUCAGGGCGUCGCCAGUCCUUGGCCCCCGGCCACCCCCAUACGCAAUUGCCAUUGUCCGCCUGACACUGCUCUCGCGUGGCGUAGCAAGAACUUGCGCGAGAAUCUACCGGCUACCAGAAGCCUGUACUCCAGCUCCAAACUCCUCCGACGUUGGAGUCCCUGCAUCUAUGCCGCCGCACGCGAGCCCCUCCGUCAGUCUUCUUCCCAAAGAUCUUCGCAGCCAAUGGCUCUCCAAGGUGCCCUGCACGCGGACGACCGCACCUCAACGGUCUCGAAUCGACAAUGGAAGCAGGCAGACAGAUAUGCAAAGCCGCAUACGACGAUUCGCUCGGGAUUUGAUAGCGGCGCCAGAGCCGUACCCCCCUCCUGCGCCAAACCAAGCCAGUAUCGGCGGACAUCCCCUUGUCCCAGAUGCCGGUGACCUCAUUGGCUUUGUUACAUCUGGCUCAUUCUGCCUGCGAGCCGGCACAGCCACUGCAUUUGGAAGCAUAGCCGUGGAAAAGGCAUUGCGCGAGUGCUACGCUGGGCAGAAAGUCAACGCCCAGGACUUCUCACCGCAGAACGGCGGCAUGUGCGUCGGUGCCACGUACGUCAGAGCCAUCACUUGCAUGAUUCCCCCUUCAAGAGGCGGCCCGACAUAG